AUGAAUGAGAACAUCUUGUAUUCUGCGCAUCCGCUGGUGGACCAGCACCCGCUGGGGUCCACAAGGGUUAUGAGCCCAAAUGCGAUGACAUCGACACCACCAUGGAUUAUUCGGGCGUGCCAGUCGUGCGGCGACUACUUGCACGGCCCGAGCGUCCAGUGCGAGAGCUGCGGCGGGCAGGUUCACUCGCACUGCGUGGGCGUGCGCGCAGGCAUCGUGGUGUGCUACGCCUGCGUGCACGACUUUGACGCAGCCCGUGCGCAGGCGCGCUUCCAGGCAUCUGCCCAGGGCCUGGGCAGUGCCAUGGGCUGCGGCGGCGCGUUGGCAGGCCGGGCGAUCAGAGCAGCUGCGACGGGCGCGCUGGGCGGCGCUGCGCGGCUCGCGAUAGGGGCUGCCCAAGGAGCGAGGUCGGCGCUCGGAGGCCUGACGGCCGCGCCACUGUUCCUUCAGGCCUCGUCUUCGGCGCCUCUGCCGUUGGUCGAGGAGUACGACAUCUCCGACGCUGGGUCCGGCCGCGAGGUGCCCACGCACGGCGAGUCUGGACAGGACGUGUCCUCAGAGCUUCUUGCAGAGCUCAGGUCCAUGCGUGCAGAGAUGAGGGCGCUGCGCGCUGAGAAUGAGCAGCUGCGCGCCGAUGCUGCGAGCGCCGUGUCCGCGCGUUCAGGGGCCUCUGUCAGCCCCGAGGCCUUCGGGGCAGGUGGUGGAGUCGACGUCCAGCAGGGGCAUGGCGCCACAGACGUCGACGAGCUCUACGACCAGUCCUGGAGUGCGGCCGCUGCGACGACCCUCCUGGACUUCGUGGUGAUCGAGGUCGUCAUGAUGGGCGAGAAGAUCAGCAGGAUGGAGGGGGCGAUGAAAUUGUUGGAGGUGCUCCCCAACAGCCGCCUCAAGCAGGUGCUGCAGGAACAGGCUCGGGCGGCAGGCCAGGGCCGAUCCAGGGUUCGAGCGGCGACCCUGGCGCAGCAGGCAGCGGCCCUGCUGGCAGCUACCCAGGGUCCGCGGCCCCAGGAGUCGGACUCGGACCAGGUGGAUUUCUUCACGGAUUCGGUGGGCCCGGCGCCCCAGGAGGCGGGUUCGGGCCAAGUGGGCAGCCUCGCGGCUUUGGUGGACCUGGGGGCCCUGGCGGUGGAGGCUUCGGAGGACCAGGGGGCGAACGUGCUGGCCAGGAUCAAGGCCUCCGACUUGCCCGUGCUGUCCUUCGGCAAGGAGUGCAGUGCGGGCCAGAAGGCGGCCAUCUUCGACAGGCGGCUGCAGCGGAUCACCCUCGACCUGGGGGGCCUCCAUCAUUCGAUCGAGGCCUACUGGGCGCGCGUGGUGGCGGUGGUCAGCGAGCCGGUGAGUUGGAUCGCGGCGGAGGCUGAGGCGAUCAACUUCAACUUUAGCAGUUGUGAGCUUCGCCUUCGAGGUCUUCUUCUCCACCUCAUGCCUGCUGGCGUCGCGUCGCCGUGCCUUGCGACGAGGAUGACUUCGACCGUGGACAUUCUGUUCGGCGCCUUCGUGGAGGCAGGGCCCGGGACCUUUGCCGACAAGGACUACGCCCUCGACGCGGUCUCGAAGGGGCGCGCCGUCGAGAAGCAGAACACCUACGAGGAGCUACAGCGCUGGAUGCUGAUCGUCACGCGGUUGGCCUCCCUCGGCGUGAACGCGCCAGACCCUUCGGUGCAGCUCACGACCUUGAAGACGAUCGUGGCGAAGAUGGUGGAGAGCGACCAGGAGGUGAAGCACAGGUACUAUGGCUUCCUG